CCGUCCCCUGACGUCACACAUCUGACAAACACUAUCUACUAAUCCACCAUGUCUGGAAGAGGAAAGACCGGAGCCGGCAAAGCGAGAGCCAAGGCCAAGACCCGCUCGUCCCGCGCCGGCCUCCAGUUCCCCGUGGGCCGCGUCCACAGACACCUGAGGAAGGGUAACUACGCCCAGCGCGUCGGCGCCGGGGCCCCGGUGUACCUGGCGGCGGUGCUCGAGUACCUGACCGCUGAGAUCCUCGAGCUGGCCGGAAACGCAGCUCGCGACAACAAGAAGACCCGCAUCAUCCCGCGUCACCUGCAGCUGGCGGUGCGCAACGACGAGGAGCUCAACAAGCUGCUGGGCGGCGUGACCAUCGCGCAGGGCGGCGUGCUGCCCAACAUCCAGGCGGUGCUGCUGCCCAAGAAGACCGAGAAGCCCGCCAAGAGCAAGUAGCGCUCCGCUCCCCGAGGACCCAAAGGCUCUUUUAAGAGCCGCCCAAGUCCCUCAAAGAGACGGAUCCUCCUCCCGGCUUCUAGAAUAGAAUUAUGAUUAUAAUCACAUCAUGACUCCCUGCAGGCUAAUGUGGAGACAAUAAUAAAAACCGCUUAUACGA